UUUGUACUUCAUGACUUCACUGAUAUUCAAUUUUAUAGGUUGUUAAUUGUAAUUAACUUUGAUAUAUAAAAGGUGCCUUGCAUAGUGAAUAUCAAAGUUUUAUUUUAAAGUUACUUUGUUAAAUAAGCUUGAAAAGUUAAAAUUAAUAUAAGUAAACACAGUCCUAUGUGAUGUUAAAAGUUUCAAGAAAUUUUGUAAGAAAUACUCAUUUCUCAGUGCGGAAUUAUUGUUCAGUUCUCUCCAAAAUGUCUAAGGAAGAAAAAACUGGAGUUAAAUUGAAUGAAGUAAUAUGUGUAUUGGAAAAAUUUGCUCCUAAACAACUUUCUGAGAGCUGGGAUAAUACAGGAUUAUUGGUUGAACCAUAUACACCAAGAAAUAUAAAGAAAAUUUUGCUAACUAAUGAUUUGACUGAAGAUGUCGCUUUAGAAGCAAAACAGAACAAUUGUGAAAUGGUUAUUUCUUACCAUCCUCCUAUAUUUGCUCCAUUGAAGUCUGUUAUUCAAAGCUCAUGGAAGGAGCGGAUUGUGUCAUUAUUACUAGAAAAUCGCAUUACAUUGUAUUCACCUCAUACAAGUUGGGACUCCGUCAAAGGUGGUGUUAAUGAUUGGCUAGCAUCUGCUUUUCCCUUUGUUGAAUCAGUUCCUAUCAUACCAGGCAUGGAUCCGGAUACAGGAGCUGGACGGCUUCUGCAUAUCAGUGAUCCCCUUGACUUAUCUAAAGCUAUUGAAGAAGUAAAAAUGUUAACAGGAUUAAAGCACAUACGUUUGGCUAUUGGCAAAGGGAGAGCACUAACUGAUCAUAUAAAAAACGUAGCCCUAUGUGCUGGUUCUGGAAGUUCUGUUUUAAAAAAAGUCGCCGAAGCUGAUUUAUUUUUAACAGGUGAAAUGCUUCAUCAUGAUAUUCUCGAUGCAACACAAAGAGGAAUAUCAGUAAUUCUUACUAAUCACUCUGAUUCUGAGAGAGGGUUUUUAUGUGGAUUUUCGUCUGAUCUUCAGAGCCAACUGGACAACAAAGUUUUAGUUUUAGUGAGCGAAUAUGAUAAAGAUCCCUUGUCUACAGUGUAAGGAAUUAUUGCAAAAUAAUAAAGAACUAUAAUUUGUAAUCAUUUAUUAUUAUGUUAUGUAAUAGCAGUGUUAGGUAGACGUUAAAAUAAUAUUAAAUACUAAUUUGUGAGAUCAUUAUUAAUAUUAAAUAAUACCAACUAUUUUCA